UCCUCUCCUCUGUUCUUCAUCCCCAGACAAGCUUAGGUUUCUGUUGAUCGUUUGUUCAUUUGGGUUUUCUCUUAUUCUUUUGCUUGAUAGUCAUGGCAGCUGAUAAUGGGAAGAAGCAGCAGGAAGGAGGAGAGAAAGAGAAGAUGGUGAAGGUGACCAACAAGAGUGUGGUUGUACCACGCAAGGAAUUGGGAAGACGAGAAUGUCCUCUGGUGACAUUCGAUCUUCCCUAUUUGACCUUCUACUACAACCAGAAGUUGUUGCUGUUCAAGGGUCAGGGUGGAAUUGAAGAAAAUUGGGAGGAGAUGAUGGGGAAGAUGAAGGAAUCUCUGCAGGAAAUACUGGUGGAUUUCUACCCUUUGGCUGGAAGACUGGGGAAAGACGAGGAAGGUGUGGUAAGGGUUGUUUGCGAUGCUGAUAAUGUCGGGGUAGAGGUGGUCGAGGCGGUGGCCGCCGGCGUCGGAGUUGCAGAGCUUGGUGAAGACGAGUCUCCAACGUUGUUGCAGGAGAUCGUUCCCUACACCGGCGUUUUAAACUUGGAAGGCUUCUGCCACCCAUUGUUGGCCGUUCAGUUCACCAAGUUGAGAGACGGGCUGGCAAUCGGGUGCGCAUUCAACCACGCCAUCCUGGACGGUCAUUCUACGUGGCAUUUCAUGAACACUUGGGCUGAGAUCUGCCGUGGCGCUACCAGUAUCUCGGUCCCACCUUUUCACGACCGUACAAAAGCCAGGAACACCCGCGUGAAGCUGGACCUCCCCUCGCCCGGUAAACCCCUUUGCUCCGAACGCGAUGUCUCGGCCCCACCACAGAUGAGAGAGAAGAUAUUCCGAUUCUCCGGCUCCGCCAUCGACAAGAUCAAGUUAAACGUCAACUCCUCUCUAUCCAACGGCUCCAAACCUUUCUCGACCUUCCAAUCUCUUGGGGUCCACAUAUGGCGGGCCAUCACCCGUGCACGCCACCUCAACCCGGAGGACUACACGGUCUUCACAAUCUUUGCCGAUUGUCGCAAGAGGAUCGACCCUCCGAUGUCGGAGAGUUACUUCGGCAACCUAAUCCAGGCGGUGUUCACGGUAACGGCAGCGGGCGCGUUACUUGCCCAGUCGCCAGGCUUCGGCGCGUCGUUGGUGCAGAAGGCGAUAGAGACGCACGACUCGAAAGCGAUCGAUGGUCGGAACAAAGAGUGGGAGGCGGCGCCGGUGUUGUUUCAGUGGAAGGAUGCGGGGCAAAAUUGUGUGGCGGUGGGAAGCUCGCCGAGGUUUCAGGUUUACGACAUUGAUUUCGGGUGGGGAAAGCCGGAGAGGGUGAGGAGUGGAAGGAACAACAAGUUUGAUGGAAUGGUUUACCUUUACCAGGGGAAAGGUGGGGGAAAGAGUAUCGAUGUGGAGAUCAGCUUGGAGGUUCAGGCCAUGGGCAAUUUGGAGAAAGACGAGGAGUUUCUCAUGGAGGAGCAAGAAUAGUAAUAACUAGCAGAUUCUCUCUCUUUCUUAAGAAUUGAGAUAAGAUUAGAUUUAUUUGUAUUUGAGGGUUGGUUUAUUCUUGAUAGAGGUUUAAUUGCGUAUUUGGAGUUAGUCAGUCAUCAUUUAUGUAAGUGAAGUUUGGGGUGUAAUUCGUAAUUUGUAUUGUUGCAUGGGCUUAAUGUGAUUCUGUAGGAAUCUAUUUUCUUUGAUUCUA